AUGUCUACACAAUCGACUCCAUCCUUAGGCAUAGAAUUUACUACAAUACGAAGUGUCAAAGAUGCACUUACACUUGCUUCAGCACAAAAAUAUGAUUUUCUUGUUAUACCAAUUAUUCGUAAACAAUAUGGUACUGAUCUAUUAACAAAUUAUGGAUCGAAACAAUUAGCUUGGCCAGCUAUUGCUAGUCGUUUGAAAGGUGUUGGUGAAAGUGCAGAUAUGUCUACAGCAUUAGUUGCUCUUAUUCGACAUGUUGUCGAUGUUGAUUCAUCAAAUGUUCAUAUACGAAAUAAAGCAACGAAAUUACUUCAAGAAGAAUUAGCUGCUGCUCAAUAUUUCAGUGUUGCUCGUGUUAUUAUUCGUAUUCGUAAUGGAAAUAUUACAAAUUUAACUCGAAUUGCUGCUAGUACACUUAAUACAUUGUAUUUUGCUUAUUGGUUUGUUUUUCCAACAAGUGCUCAAAGUAAUUCCGAUGAUGAUGAUGCAGAAUUACAACCAUGGCUUUGGUGGAAUAAAAUCUAUAAAUUACUUGAUUAUCAUGGAAAAGUUUAUCCAGUUUUAGAAUUAUCAGCUGAUGUACCAAGUGAACAAGCACAAAAACGAUGGUUAGGUGAACCUGUACGUGCUGUUAUAUUACCAACAAAAAUUUUUACAACUAAUGCUAAAGGUUUUCCUGUUCUUUCACCUGCUCAUCAACUUUUUAUAAUAAAAUUAAUUAAACUUAAAGUUCAAUUUAUUAUCAAAGGUAUAAAUCCAAGAGAUUCAACAUUAUUUGAACCCUAUUUACAAUAUCUUAAACAUGUUACACGACAAACAGAACCAACAAAUCGUGUCCUUGAAUCAUUUACACAUGGUUAUGAAGAUCGAUUACAAGUACCACUUCAACCAUUAGCUGAUAAUCUUGAAUCACGUACAUACGAAAUAUUCGAAAAAGAUCCAAUUAAAUAUAUUCAAUACGAAAAAGCUAUUUAUCAAGCAUUAAUUGAAAAAUAUGAUCAAAAAAAACCUGUAACUAUUAUGGUAGUUGGUGCUGGUCGUGGUCCAUUGGUUAAUCGAGCACUUGAAGCAGCUGAUCGAGCAAAAUAUAACGUACAUAUUUAUGCAGUAGAAAAAAAUCCUAUGGCAAUUAUAUCUCUUCAUGCUCAAAAACAAGAAUGGGGUAAUCGAGUAACUAUAAUUCAUGAAGAUAUGCGUUCUUGGCAACCAGUAUGUAAAGCUGAUAUUAUGGUUAGUGAAUUAUUAGGUUCAUUUGGUGAUAAUGAAUUAUCACCGGAAUGUCUAGAUGGUGCACAACGUUAUUUAAAAGAUGAUGGAAUUAGUAUACCUUAUUCAUAUACAUCGUUUAUAUGUCCUAUACAAUCACCACGUAUAUUUUCUGAAUUAGUCUAUAAUCGAGAUGCAAAUAAACCAUAUUAUGCUAAUUUUGAAACACCAUUUGUUGUUUAUUUACAUAAUUGUUUUUUCUUGGCUGAAACAAAGCCAUUAUUUACGUUUACACAUCCAAAUUUUUCGAAUCCAAUUGAUAAUUCAAGAUUUGGUGAAGUAGAAUUUACAAUACCAACAACAGGUACUAUGCAUGGUUUUGCUGGAUUUUUUGAUGCAAAAUUGUAUAAAGAUAUUUCAAUUAGUAUUGAACCAAAUACACAUUCAAAAAAUUUAAUUAGUUGGUUUCCAAUGUUUUUUCCAAUUCGAGAACCAAUAACAUUAUCGGCAAAUUCAACAAUAAAAGUGAAUUUUUGGCGUUGUUGUUCAUCAUCUCAAGUUUGGUAUGAAUGGACAGUAGUCGAACCAACAACAUUACCUAUACAUAAUCCAACGGGUCGAUCGUUUUCUAUUGGAAAAUAG